GAAACUCAACAUCCCUGACCAUGAUCACCAGUUCGGAAUUUGCAGGAUAUUAGACUCGGCUAGACUCCUUUCUCCCGACCACCACAGUCUCGAACGGCCAGCAAGCGAGGAUGUCGACGUUGACAGUGGAGCCGGUCGAGGAGAAGGUCGACGUGCUCGACCGUAAAGAGGUCCAACGAGGGAGGACUCCGACGAACAAGGAGUACUUCAUGAAGUUCGUAUGUGCGGCUAUGAGCAACAUGACAGCAUCAGGGGUCAGUAAUCCGCAGGACAUAAUCAAGGUUCGCCAGCAAUUGCGGACACAGAUCCCUGGUGCAAAGCACAAUGCUUUCUGGGCUGUUGGAGCGGAAAUGAUCCGUACUGAAGGCCCUUUGAGUCUGAUGAAAGGAUUCACAGCCUCCAUGAUACGAGAAAUCGUAUAUUCUGGGCUUCGACUUGGAGCGUACGAGUUCUUUAAGGACAAGCUCUACGCGGCAUCGAAAGGUGCACUUACACGAGAAGGCAUUACCCUGAAAGUGCUUGCUGCGACAUGCUCUGCUUCCAUAGGCUCCGCACUGGCCAAUCCGGCUGACGUGAUCAAAGUCCGGAUGCAGGCGCACUAUCCUAACGGAAGCCCGUAUCGCAAUACGCGACAUGCGUUUGCUACUGUGUUCCGGGAAGGCAUGAACUCGUCAGCCGCCAAAGGGUUUCCCGUAUUAGGUGGCUUCCGUGCCCUCUGGCGAGGCGUGGAGGCGACAACUGUCCGCGGAGUUGUCUUGACAAUAUCGCAGGUGUGCUCGUACGAUCAGAUCAAGCAGGUCUUGAGGGGCCACGGCAUCAUGCAAGAAGGCAUGCCGUUGCAUCUGACCGCCAGUCUGUUUGCUGGACUUUUCUGCUCUAUCACAUCGAACCCCGUCGACGUCGUGAAAGUGCGGCUGAUGACGGAUAAGAACAGACAGUUGCACGGCGUUAUGCACUGUGUCAAGACAAUCUUAGUCAAUGAGGGCCCCAUGGCAUUCUACAAAGGCUUCAGCAUGUGCUGGGGUCGGCUGGGCACGCAUACCAUUGUCAGCUUCCUCACAUUUGAGAAGCUCCGACAGCUGUUUGGCAUAGACCCGAUGUAGGGUUUACUCGGCCUAUCGGACCACCAGCACAUAUCGCUAUACCCAGGGCCUAAUGGAUAGUCUCGUGCUGUUUCCCCUGUUUCCGCGUCAAAACUCUAUCUCGAAAGGCGCUGCUCGGAUGUGGCUAUGUCAUUGCGAACCUUUCAUCGCUCGACGUCAUUGAUCUGUGUGUAUAAGUGAUGAUGCAUUGAUAUUUCACCCUACAUAACAGUGCAACGAGAAUCAUGAAGACAGCAUAAUUAUGAAUGGACCCUUCUACACAGUGAACGAAAGAUUAAGGUCGUGAAAAUCCCUGGAACAAAUACAGAGAAAAAGACGUCAUAAGUCAUGGGCGGGUCGUGAAAUGAACACAACAUGGUGUAUGAAACGAAUAAAUAC